AUCUGCGUACGAGUAAACAUUCUUAGCCUCGAAGUUAACUCUACUUCCACCUCUUCGCAUUCCACCCUCAACUGGGCACGGGUUUUUGGAGGGGCCUGCGUCUUCCGCCCUCACGGUUCUCGGCAGGUUCAAGUGCUUUCGCUGCUCUGCCGUCCAGGCUUCACCUAAUUAUCCCUCCACCUUGUCCAGCUGCUCAGGAGUGAGUCAUUUCACACGUGUGCGACACAAAUCCUGAAACAGACCCUCUUGUUUCUGAGUCCGAUAAGCUCCCUCUGAGUUCCCUCUGAUUUAUUUUUGCGGGCGCCGUCUCCCGGAGUGACGUGCGCACGGCACACGGCCGUGCAGGUAAAUCUUCUGACAGAGACGCUGAUGACGGCUUCUCCUGCUGCUGCUGCUGCCGCUGCUGCUGCUCCUGCUGUCAUGACGCGCCCCCACCUCCAGUGUAGUACAACCUUUCUCUCCAGCAGGAUGCCCCCUCUCCUCUCCAGCAGAUACCCCUCUAAUUCUGCCUCAAAAUGGAUGACUGUUGUCUUUUUUUCUGCCUGCCCAUGUUGAGCCGGGAGAUUAGAGCAAUCAGAUUAGGAGUGCUGCUGACCUGCAGGCAGAGGAGGGAGAGUGGGCAGCUCACACAGAGCUCCUCUACCUUGCUUAAUGUUUUCCGUCACUUCAGCAUGUUUGUGAACCUGUUUCUCUAGACGCCGUUGGGACUUUUUCAUGAUUCCAAAAGAGUUUGUCUGGUGUCGUGACCCGCAGGUUUAUCACAGUCUGAUGACCCCAUCCAGGGGUUGAGCUGCGGAGCGAUGAAGGUGGGCUCUCAAAUCAGCCUGCUGCUGUGGAAAAACUGGACUCUCCGCAAGAGACAGAAGAUCCGCUUCCUGGUGGAGAUCUUCUGGCCCGUGUUGUUAUUUAUUGGUCUGGUGUGGCUUAGGAAGGCCAAUCCGUUGUACCAACAGCAUGAGUGUCAUUUCCCCAACAAGGCCAUGCCCUCAACAGGGAUUCUUCCCUGGAUCCAAGGGAUCUUCUGCAACGCCAACAACCCCUGUUUCAGAUAUCCAACCCGGGGAGAGUCUCCAGGAGUUGUGUCCAACUAUAACAACUCAGUAUUGGCACGGUUCUACGUCGAUGCCCAGGAGCUUCUGCUCAACGAGUCGGACGUGCGGCAGCUUGGUCGGCUUUGGCGCGAAAUGUCGUCCUUCUCCAACUUCAUGGACACCUUACGCAGCAACCCGUCUUCGGUUUCAGGUCGUGGGCUGAAGAUUGAUGAUAUUCUGAAGGAUGACGAGGUUCUUACGGCCUUCCUGUUGAGAGACGCCGGCCUCUUGGAUUCCAUCGUCUACCAGCUCAUCAAUGCACAAAUACGACUCGAGCAGUUUGCGUUUGGAAUCCCAGACCUGCAGCUGAAAGACAUAGCGUGCAGCCAGGCCCUGCUGGAGCGCUUCAUCAUCUUCCCCAGCCGCAUGGGACUCCACGGGGUCCGCAACGCCAUGUGCGCCCUCAGCCAGCAGAGGCUGCAGAAGAUAGAGGACAUCCUCUACGCCAACCUGGACUUCUUCAAGAUCUUCAAAGCGAUGCCCAGGGUUAUGGACAGCAGCUCUGAGGGGAUUGACCUGCAUUUCUGGGGUCAGGUUCUUAAGGCAGCAUCGGAGAAGAUCCAAGUUCUGAUGGCCCGGGAGAGCUCUCAGGAGCUUCUCAAGGCGAUUUCCUCUCUGUUCCAAGCCGGGGGCCCUUCCUCCUUCACCGAGCUGAUGUCCAGCGUGUCGAGCCUCUUCUGCGGAUAUCCAGAGGGAGGCGGCUCCAGGGUUCUGUCCUUCAACUGGUACGAGGACAACAACUACAAGGUGUUUCUGGGGGUCAAUGGCACCAAGAGCCACAACUAUGUCUACGAUGACACUGCCACUCCCUUCUGCAACUCCCUGAUGCAAACCCUGGAGUCCAAUCCUGUCACAAAAAUUGUGUGGAAUUCAGUCAAGCCCCUGCUGAUGGGAAAGAUCCUGUACACCCCCGACUCCCCUGCCGUCCACAAGAUAUUAAAGAGCGCCAACACGACCUUCGAGGAGCUAGAGAGGCUCCAGAACAUGUUCAAGGCCUGGGAGGAGGUGGGACCUCAGCUCUGGGAUUUCUUCCACAGCAGCGUCCAGAUGAACGUGAUCAGGGAGACCCUGAAGAACCCUACGGUGACACAGUUUGUGGAUGACAGCCUCGUGGAAACGGACUUCACCACCAAAGACAUUCUUAACUUCCUGCACAACGGUCCGGAUGAGGAGAGGGCGCCGGGAAUGCCAAACUUUGACUGGAGGAACAUCUUUAACACCACCGACCAGAUCAUACGCAUGUUCAGCCAGUACGGAGAGUGCAUCACCCUGAAUAAAUUCGUGGCCAGCACCGACGAAUCCCAGAUGAUCCAUCAGGCCCUGCACCUGCUGGAGGAGAACAAGUUCUGGGCCGGCGUGGUCUUCGCGGACAUGUACCCGUGGACGACGAGCGUUCCCCCGCACGUCAAGUACAAGAUCCGCAUGGACAUCGAUGCGGUGGAGCGCACCAACAAGAUCAAGGACAGGUACUGGGAUCCCGGCCCCAGAGCGGACCCCAUGGAGGACCAGAGGUACAUCUGGGGAGGUUUUGCCUACCUGCAGGACAUGAUCGAGCACGGCGUCAUCAAGGUCCACACGGGCAACGACUGGCCGCUUGGCGUCUACGUCCAGCAGAUGCCGUACCCGUGUUACGUAGAUGACCUCUUCAUGAUCACCCUGAACCGCUGCUUCCCGAUGUUCAUGGUGCUGGCCUGGAUCUACUCCGUGUCCAUGACCGUGAAGAGCAUCGUCCUGGAGAAGGAGCUGCGCCUCAAGGAGACCCUCAAAGCCAUGGGGGUCGACAGUGGGGUCAUAUGGUACACGUGGUUCAUCGACAGCUUCAUCAUGAUGACGGCCAGCACGGCUCUGCUCACCGCCAUCAUCAUGGGUGGGAAGGUUCUGAAUUACAGCGACCCCAUCCUGGUCUUCUUCUUCCUGCUCACUUUCACGGUGGCCACCAUAAUGCAGUGUUUCCUGAUGAGCGUGUUCUUCAACAAGGCCAACCUGGCUGCUGCCUGCAGCGGCAUCAUCUACUUCACCCUCUACCUGCCUCACGUCCUCUGCUUCGCGUGGCAGGACCGCAUCACCAGGAACAUGAAGCUGGCUGCGAGCUUGUUGUCUCCGGUGGCCUUCGGCUUCGGGACGGAGUACCUGUCCCGCUAUGAGGAGCAGGGUCUGGGUCUGCAGUGGAACAACAUCCAGACCAGCCCCUUAGAGAAAGACACUUACUCCUUCCUCACCUCCAUCCUCAUGAUGGUGUUCGACGCCGUCCUCUACGCCGCCUUGGCCUGGUAUCUGGAUAACGUCUUCCCAGGACAGUAUGGCAUCAGUCGACCGUUCUACUUCCCGCUCCAGCCGUCGUACUGGCAAAGACCUAUGCCCUCUCGCACAGAAAUGGCUGAUCAAGAUCCCGAGAAACCUGAACCAGAGAACCGAGAGAAGGACGCUGAGAGCAGAGGCACGCCGGAGGCGUACGCCUGCAACGGCUCGGGCAGCAGGAAAAUCUGCAAGCACCAAAGUAAGAGAGAGCGUCUGGAGAGGGAGCGGGAGCAGAUGAAACAACAAGAGGCAACUCCGAACCAGGACGAGGAGGAGGGGGAGGAGGCGGGGAACGAAGACCAGCUGUUCUUCGAGCCCGACCCAGUGGGCCUGGUUUUGGGCGUGCAGAUUGAAGACCUGGUGAAGGUGUUCGACGGAAGCUCUCGUCCUGCCGUCAACGGCCUCAGCAUCAAUUUCUACGAGGGGCAGAUCACGUCCUUCCUGGGACACAACGGAGCCGGAAAAACCACGACAAUGUCCAUCCUGACUGGCCUCUACCCUCCCACGUCUGGCACAGCAUACAUCAAUGGAAGAGACAUUAGAACUGAUAUAGACAUCAUCCGCUCCUCAAUGGGGAUGUGUCCGCAGUACAACAUCCUUUUCCAAGAUCUCACGGUGGCGGAGCACAUCCUGUUCUACUCACUGCUGAAGGGUCGGACCCAGGCGGAGGCGGAGCAGGAGGUCGAAGACAUGCUGGAGGACUUGGGGCUGCCUCACAAGAGGGACGACGAGGCCCAGAACCUCUCAGGCGGCAUGCAGAGGAAACUGUCCGUCGCCAUGGCAUUUGUCGGGGGGUCGAAGAUCGUCAUCCUGGACGAGCCUACCUCAGGAGUGGACCCUUACUCUAGAAGAUCCAUCUGGGACCUCCUACUAAAAUACAAAGCAGGCCGCACGGUGAUCCUGUCCACCCACCACAUGGACGAGGCCGACCUGCUGAGCGACCGCAUCGCCAUCAUCUCCAAAGGGCAGCUGCACUGCUGCGGGACCCCCCUUUUCCUCAAAAACUGCUUCGGCGUGGGCUUCUAUCUGACCCUGGUGCGCCGCAUGAAGGACCUCAAAAUAAAGGAGAACGACUGUGACUGCGCCUCAGACUGCUCCUGCUCCUGCUCCAUCUGCACCAAAUACAAAGACCAGUCUCAGAACCAGUUCCAGCAGCUCGACAGAGUUCUAGAUGGGGACAUAGACAGCAUCACCGGCCUCAUCCACCAUCACGUUCCUGAGGCCAAACUCAUCGAGAUGAUUGGACAGGAGCUGACCUAUCUGCUGCCCAGUAAAGGCUUCAAACACCGAGCGUACGCCAGCCUGUUCCGGGAGCUGGAGGAGACGCUCGAUGACAUGGGUUUAAGCAGCUUCGGCAUCUCUGAUACGUCACUAGAAGAGAUCUUCAUAAAGGUCACUGCAGACGGAGAGGCAGCGAAUAAUGCCACCAGUGCUGAGCAGUGGAUGUUGCAGGGAAGACAAAAUGGCAUCAGAGUUGGUGCAGAUGGAGACGAAGAACACAACGGAGUGAACGGCACUAACCACGCUUCAGACAGCAACGCAGGAAAGGGCUCCAUGCAGGUGAAAGGUCCCGCUCUGACCCUGAAGCAGUUCUACGCUCUGCUGGUGAAAAGGUUCCACCACGCCACGCGAAGCCAGAAGGACUUGAUGGCGCAGAUCGUCCUCCCUGCCAGUUUUGUCCUGAUAGCUCUGAUCUUCACCACGAUCGUCCCUCCCUUUGGAGAGUACCCAAGCCUGACGCUGAGUCCUUGGCUGUACGGACAACAGUUCACCUUCUUCAGCAAUGAGCAACCAUUUCACCCAAAAAUGAAACAACUCACUGAGCGCUUGUUAAACCCGCCGGGCCUGGGCACACGAUGCAUGGAAGGAGAACCUUUAGGGAUGCCCUGCAGCAACAGCACCAAGGACUGGGAGUAUCCUGACGUCUCCCCCGUGGUCAGCAACAUCUUGCAGAGCCCGGAGUGGACCCAGAGGAACCCGUCGCCUUCCUGCCAGUGCAGCAACAGGAAGAAGCUGACCAUGAUGCCCAUCUGUCCCAUCGGCGCGGGAGGCCUGCCCCCCCGCCAGCGAGUGGAGGCCACAGGGGACACUCUGCUGAACCUGACGGACAGGAACAUCUCCGACUACCUGGUGAAAACCUACCCCAGUCUCAUCAGAACCAGUUUGAAGAGCAAAUACUGGGUGAACGAACAAAGAUAUGGAGGUCUGUCCAUAGGAGGACAGCUCCCCAUCCUGGACGUGGACCCUAAAGACAUCCAGCGUUUUUUCCAUCAGCUGGGACAAAUGCUCAACAUCACCGGGGGUUACUAUUCUGGACGCGCCCUGAGGGACUUUGGUACUUUCUUACGAUACAUGGAAAGUGAAUUCAACAUAAAGGUGUGGUAUAAUAACAAAGGGUGGCACGCCAUGGUUGCCUUCAUGAAUGUGGCCAACAACGCCAUUCUGCGGGGCUUCCUGCCGCCAUCCGCCAAACCCGUGGAGUAUGGCAUCACGGUCACCAACCACCCUCUGAACCUCACCAAAGAGCAGCUCUCUGAAGUUACUGUGUUGACCACUUCAGUGGACGCCGUGGUGGCGAUCUGUGUCAUUUUCGCCAUGUCCUUCAUCCCUGCCAGCUUCGUCCUCUACCUCAUUCAGGAGCGCGUGACCAAGGCUAAACACCUGCAGUUUGUCAGCGGUGUCAGCCCUUUGGUUUACUGGGUGACCAAUUUCUUCUGGGACAUGAUGAACUACUCUGUCAGCACAGCAAUGGUUGUUGGCAUUUUCAUGGCCUUUGACAAAAAGUGCUACACAUCACCAGCCAACCUGCCAGCGCUAGUAUCACUGCUUCUGCUCUAUGGGUGGUCGGUGACGCCCAUGAUGUAUCCCAUGUCCUACGUGUUCAACAUCCCGAGCACCGCGUAUGUGUCUCUGUCCUGCAUAAACCUGUUCAUCGGCAUCAACAGCAGCGCCAUCACCUUCAUCCUGGAACUCUUUGAAAACAACCGGUCUCUGCUGACGUUCAACGAGUGGCUGAAGAAAGUGCUGCUGGUGUUCCCUCACUUCUGCCUGGGGCGAGGACUGAUAGACAUGGCCAUGAACCAGGCUGUUACGGAUGUUUACGCCAGGUUUGGUGAAGAGUACGCUGCCAAUCCUUUCCGGUGGGACUUUGUGGGGAAAAACAUCGCUUUCAUGGCCGUGGAAGGAUUCAUCUACUUCAUUCUCAACAUUCUGCUCCAGUAUCGCUUCUUCUUGGAUCACUGGUUAUCGGACUACAAACGCACUCCUAUACGAGAUGAAGACGAAGACGUGAAAGCAGAGAGGCAGAGGAUUUAUGACGGGGGGAGCAAGACGGACAUCCUGCAAAUCAGGGACCUCUCUAAGACGUAUGUGGGCAGGAAGAGGGCAGCUGUGGACCGAAUUUGUGUGGGAGUCCCUGCAGGAGAGUGCUUUGGUCUCCUUGGAGUUAAUGGAGCUGGAAAGACGACGACCUUCAAGAUGCUGACUGGUGACACAGAUGUCAGCUCGGGGGAGGCUACUGUGGCUGGUUACAGCAUCCUGACAGAGAUUCUGGACGUGCACCAGAACAUGGGCUACUGCCCUCAGUUUGAUGCCAUCGAUGAGCUGCUUACCGGCAGGGAGCAUCUCUACCUCUACGCUCGUCUCAGAGGGGUACCUGAGUCAGAGAUCCCCCGAGUGGCGGAGUGGGGCAUCCAGAAGCUUGGUCUGACUGAAUACGCAGGCCGCUGUGCGGGGACUUACAGCGGAGGCAACAAACGCAAACUCUCCACGGCGAUCGCAAUGAUUGGCUGCCCCGCGCUGGUGCUGCUAGACGAGCCCACGACGGGCAUGGACCCGCACUCCCGACGCUUCCUGUGGAACGCCAUCAUGAGCGUCAUACAGGACGGAAGGGCCGUGGUGCUGACGUCACACAGUAUGGAGGAGUGCGAGGCUCUGUGCACUCGACUGGCCAUCAUGGUCAACGGGACCUUCAAGUGUCUGGGUACCAUCCAACAUCUCAAAUACAAAUUUGGCGAUGGCUACGUGGUGACCAUGAAAAUCAAGGCAGCUAAAGGAGGCCCCUCCCCGGAGCUGGAACCAGUCGAGACCUUCAUGGAGAACUCGUUCCCCGGCUGCGUUCAGCGAGAGAAGCACUACAACACGCUGCAGUACGAGAUCGCCUCCUCCUCCCUGGCUCGGAUAUUCCAGCUGGUGGUGGCCAAUAAAGAGAGGCUCAGCAUCGAAGACUACUCCGUUUCCCAGACGACACUGGACCAGGUGUUUGUCAACUUUGCCAAGCUGCAGAUGGGAGAGGACGAUGACGUCACGUUACAGAAGCGGACGGCGGGUGGGAGGAAGGACAUCAAGAUCUCUCCAGUGAAGAGGAAAACGUGAAAAACAAAAAUACACUUGAAAAACUUCAAAAGUAAAAUCAUUUGUACUAUUGCUUACUUUUUUUCCAUUCAUUUAUUGUCGUAUGUUCAGGUAUUUAUUUUGUUUUUCUUUGUCGGCUGUGUUUCACGCACAGCCGUGCCGCAUUAUUCUCCCGGUGUCAAUCAGAAAUCAUCCUUUACAUUUUAGGAAACAGGUGAACAGAGGUGCAGGUGUGAAUCUGUUUCGGAUCGGGCAUCUCUUUCACAUGCUUUGUACAGGCUCUGUGCAGUCCGUUCUAGCUGAUUUAUACUUCAUCAUUAAGUCACAAAUAAAAACAUGUGAAGUUU